CCUCACAAGUCAAACACAGCUUGUCCAAUGGCUCUCACACUGAUACACAAUUGCGCGAUUAUCCUCGAAUCAUGGACAUUGCAACUCUGAACUACGACCGUCUAGGGAAGUCUACACACAGCCUACGGCUUCUGCCUGAUUGUCUGCCUGAAACUGCGGCGCUAUGGCAGGCUCCAGCCUUCAACAUGCCCGGAUAUACAGCUGAUGCAGGGCAAUAGCUACCUAUGAGUCAUCGUUCAAUCGCUCGAAAAUAGGUACAAGGCUUCCAAUCCAGUCACUGUUCAUCGUUUCUACUCCUACAUCCCUGUCCGCUCUUGCACGUCAGCCUGAUCCUGGUCAGCUGCUCAACAUCUGUUCCAAUACUUUUCUCUCAAAACCUCUCUUUGUUAUUUCUCUUUGCAAUACAACUUGACAUUAGCAUUCUCUCUACCCGUCAAGAUGGCUCGCACCAAAGAUACAGCCUGCACACAAGCAGUGCGCGCGCGAAAUACAGCACUACCACCACCCACCACGCGAGUCCUCCGCUCCCAAACUACCUCUCAGCCCUUGUCCCCAAACACGUCGAAAGUCACCAAACCACGUCCCCGCCGUCGCCGUCAAGACCCCUGGGCACCCAAACGCAAGCGCAGGCCAAACCCAAACCCGAAACCCCGUCCACCCCCACCAACCCAUUUCACCUGCCGCAUCUGCAUUGAAGAACGCCCUACCGCCGACUUCAUCAAAUACCUCUCUCCAAACCGCGGUUACUGGACGGCCUUUGACAUACCCGCCCCCUGCAUCGCCCACCUAACCCGGCACCCACGGCUAAAAAACGACCCGGUAUGCAAAUCCUGCAUAGGCCACAGCAUGUCGGCGCGCCUCGACACCCUGGGCGCGCGCCAAGUUGGCAUCGGGUGUCUGGAGCCCGGGUGCACCGAGCCAUGGAGCUGGGAGUUCGUGAUGCACUAUCUCCCGGGCGGGGCGGUGCUAGAGAAGUACAACCUCGCCAUGAUGCACGUGUGGAAGCAAGACACCACGCCCCAGCUCAUGACGUGCAUCGCGCCGUCAUGCGCGCAAAUCGGCCUCCCGGAUGCCCUCGCUCAGGGCUACCCCCACGUGUCGUGCCACGCGUGCAGGCUACGUCAGUGCGCUGUGUGCCUUGUGCCCUGGCAUGCGGAUCAGACGUGCGCCGAGUACGCGGCCGCGAACGUUGAUGCGCAGAUGUCUGCCCCCGAGAAGGAGACGCUGCGACUACUACAGGAGAAGGACGGCAAGCGGUGUCCGAACUGUCAGCUGGUUAUUGAGAAGGACGGCGGUUGUGACAGCAUGCUUUGCCCCGGCUGUCAGACGUUCUUCAACUGGACGACGGCUGCCAGCGUCGUCCCGGGCUCCACUAAAGCUGUCUCCGCCACCCUCUAUCCGAAUGGACCGUACGUGCGGACACCGCAGAACGGACCAGUCGUGUGUGAGAUGGAUCGGCUUGAGGGGAUCGUUCCUCCGCCCGACCUGGUGGGAGAUGUGAAGGUAUAUCAACCUAAGGAUGGUUUUAUAACCCGAUGAGCAAGACGACGAUUUUGUCGCCGCGUCGGCUGUGGAUGACCUUGUACGGGCUGGGGACGACCCAACGAUGCAUAAUUAGCGCGACGAAUAAUCUGACUUGUAACCGAUCUGUUGGAACGUACGAAGAUAAACCUCGAGUCGUAUAGCCCAGGAGUAAUAAUCGCAAAAUCAUGACAUAUCUCUAUCUAUUUAGUAUCUAGACUACGAUUCUUAGUAGCUAGAUAUUCGUUAUUAAAGUAGGAUGAUUUAUCUUUUGUAAAGACUUUAGUUUUCAAUCUCUGCGUGUGGAUGUAGCAGUACCCACAAUAUAUUAUUACAACAUUAAUAGAUAGACAGAAAGAUGCGCAAAGCUCGUAAGAUUCCUUCCCCUCUUCUAUAUUCUCAUCACCCGUAUUACCUAUCGCGCUGAAAGCAAUCUUACGCAAAACCAUUAGUUGAAAUGA